CUGUCUCUCUCUGUCUCUCUAGUGAACACAUACACAAAAAGCUCUCUCUCGAAAAACUUGAGCGGAGAGGGUUAUAGAUAUGGCGGCCAUUAGGAUGGGAAAGCUAACAACCUCACCUGCAGGUCUAAUGUACACAUCUCUAAGUGUAUAUGUGGCCAAAGAAGAGGAACCCAGAAAGCAGCUAGUGAAACCAGAGCAGCCCCCCAUAUAUACUGUGCCACCUCUCCAAUCUAAAUGUGUUGAAGAGCAGCCUGGUCGUUUACAAACAGGCUUUGCUUCCAUCCGCACUACAACUAGUCGUGAUAUUGGCUGGUGCAAGGGUGUUUAUAUCUUUGUGAAAAAUGGGAUAAUGGAUACAGUACAGUUUGGAAAAGAUGCAUAUGUCUAUCUGAAGAAUCCUUCUCGAGAUUUUCUUCCGAAAAUGGGAGUGAUUACUGUUUCAGGAUUGGUGGGCUUUGUUUCAGCAAGAAAAGGACCUAGGUUCAAGAGAAUUGCUUAUCCACUGGGACUGGCCACUUUAGGAGCAACUGUUUGCGAUCCUGUUCAGUCAGUAAUAACUGCAAGGGUAACCGGAAAAGCGUAUGAUACAAGUCAGCAAAUUUAUGAAGCAAUUAGAUCAUUGCGGACAAAAAGAAACCAAGAAGAGUCAUUUCCUGAACUUAAAGAAAAAACUAAGCUAGGAAACUCGGCUGAAAUAGAAACACCUGCAGAAACAACUCGUCUCCUGAAAGAUUCAAUGCCUUUGCCAGGAGAACUCAGCUCCGAAAUAAAGACCAAAUCAGAAUCAAUCUCGGGUGCGACACUGUUUAUGCCUGACCGCAAGCUCGUGGAUCACGGGCAAUCCCAUCCAGAAGAUGUGGACAUGUACAGUACUAGAAGCUGAAAACGACUGCAUAGAGACUGCACAGACAACUACAGGAUGUGUGAAGCUGCAAAUGAUGAUGAAAAAAAUCAUGUAAGGGGUAACUGCCAUGUAGAGUGUAGCUAAAGUCUUUCCAUUACAUUUUCAAAUAUAAAGUUUGACCAAUCACAUAUGUGAUUAAAAUACAAGCUAUUAAUACAAUCCAAAUAAUAUGAACUGAUUGAUGAGGAGACACAGGU